UAGGAUAUAAAAGGCAGAGUCUGAGAUAGCAACGGCAAGAAGUCUGGAGAUUUUUUUUCUUCUCUCUCGUUUUCGCUGCCAUUUGGCUUCAUUUCACGGACUGCGGAAGCUGGAGGCAUCAUAAGGAGGAGUGGACUGUUGUUCUAUGGAAGCUGAUUCCCCCCUUUCUAGGAUCAUGCCUUGUCAAAACACCCAGCAGCAGCAACUCAACAACUCCGAGCGGAACCACACGCUGCCCAAGCAAGUGAGGUUCGCGGCCAGCGUGGAGCCCGAGCCCGAGCCGCUGGGAGCGCAGCUCAAGCUGCUGCCCAUGAACGACCAGAUCAGGGAGCUGCAGACGAUCAUCAGAGACAAAACAACAAGCAGAGGAGACUUUGUGUUCUGUGCUGAUCGCUUGAUCAGACUCGUUGUCGAAGAAGGACUGAAUCAGCUACCAUACACUGAAUGUACAGUUACAACUCCAACAGGCCAUAAAUAUGAAGGAGUGAAGUUUGAGAAAGGAAACUGUGGUGUUAGUAUUAUGAGAAGUGGUGAAGCCAUGGAGCAGGGUUUACGAGAUUGUUGUCGAUCAAUACGCAUUGGAAAAAUCCUAAUCCAAAGUGAUGAAGAGACGCAGAGAGCAAAGGUCUACUAUGCAAAAUUCCCACCAGACAUCUACCGCAGAAAGGUGCUUCUAAUGUACCCAAUAUUGAGCACAGGCAACACAGUUAUAGAAGCUGUGAAAGUUCUGAUCGAGCACGGAGUGCAGCCAAACCAUAUAAUCCUACUCAGUCUUUUUUCAACUCCACAUGGUGCAAAAUCUAUAAUAGAAGAAUUCCCUGAGAUCACAAUCUUGGCCACAGAGGUCCAUCCAGUGGCACCCACCCACUUCGGACAGAAGUAUUUUGGCACGGAUUGAAGCGCAGAUGGGAUCCAAGCAAAAUCUUUGAAUGCAUCGUCACUGCUUCCAUGGAUAAAGGCCUAGUUUGAUUCUAGUAGGUGUGUUUGCCCCCAACCAGCUCCCAACCCUACUCUUUGUGGCAAGACAAAAUGACAACUACACAUCUGAGAGCAUUUGAUCUGAUUUUUUUUUUGCCUCAAGUUCUUUCAAGUUACUUUUAUGAGAUGUCAGUUCUCUAAAGCACAUUCCAAUUCCAUCAUGUUUGCACUGUGCUUGCAUGUGUGCUUUUGACAUUUAUUCAUUUUAGCAUAUUUAUUGUUUGCAGCUAGAGGCAGUGCCUAAUUGUAAAUUAAACUAUAAUUAAAUGUUUUUUUUUUAAAAAAAGCAUUAAAUUGCAUUCUAAUUAUUUUGCGGUUCCCUUGUCCAGUUUUUCUAUUUUCCACUUGAGAUUAUAGUUUCACCUAAGUGUCACUUUUCACUGUAGCUACAGAGUGAACUGGCUGCCUUUCAGGUUAUGGACAGGAUGGGCAAGUGGAAAUCACAAAUGAUUCCAUUCACAAUCUUAGACACACAAGUGCCAAAGGGUCUAGAGGGGCAAUUACAAUUGCCCUGAUCUGUGGAAAGAAGGGGGUAGUCAGUGGUUUACAUUAGGACUAAAUGUAGUUGCAAGAUAGUUAGAAAGACCUACAAAAUGCUGUAGGAAAACAGCAGAUCAGGUAGCAUCUUUUGCCUCGAAACAUUAACUCUUUACUUGUCUCCAGAGUUGCUGCCUGCUGUGUUCCUCCACCAUUUUGUGUGUGUGUGUUUGUGUGUUACUCUGGAUUUCUUACAUCUACAGAAUUUCUUGUGAUUACAAUGAAUGUUUCCUCCUUUUUUAAAAAACUGCAAUAAUAGAAACCAGACAUCAAACCUGGGAUCUUUCUAAACAUUAAGUGUAGUGCCACAACAGAGCUGCCUCCCAGUCCUAAUUGUUCAUAAUUUUUGCAACUGUGUCUUACCAAGGUACAGCUAAAGUUAGUUAAUAAUUUAUCUACAUUUCAGGAUAUCAGAUGAGAAGGCAUUGGAGCAGGAGUAAUUCCGUGCAUAUAAUCUGCAGUAAAUUAUAUUGCAUAUUUGUGGCAAUGAAUUCUACAGAUUCACCACUGUCUGGCUAAAGAAAUUCCUCAUCUCUAGUCUAAAGGGACAUCCUUCAUUUCUGAGGCUGUGCACCCUGGUCCUGAACUUUCCCUGCUAUUGGGAACCUCCUCCCCACGUCCACUCUAUUUAAGCCUUUCAAUAUUCGAUAGGCUUCAAUGAAAGUCCCCCAUUCAUUCUUCUGAAUCCCAGCCUGUAUGGGCCCAGUACCAGCAAACACUGCUCGUUCAUUAACUCUUUCAUUCCUAGGAUCAUUCUUAUAAAUCUCCUCUUCAAUGCCAGUACAUCCUUUUCUCAGAUAAGGGGCCAAAAACUACUUUUGUUCCAAGUGUGGUUUGACCAGUGCCUUACAAAGCCUCAGCAUUACAUCCUUGGAUCAGUAAGAUUCUCUCAAUGUUUACUUGAAAACAGUUCGGCUUUUGUGUAGCAGUGCUAUUAUUACAGAUACUGCCCUGCUGAUGGAGCAAGUUGAAACAGCCACUGACAGCUGAGAGCUGAGUUUCCUCCCCAUUUUCAGUGGGAACAGCACAAGUAGUGGGAAGUCUGCAGUGACUCUCUGAUAAUCACUGAGGUCAGUGUCAGAGCACCAAUGCAUUUGCCUGACUUUGCAUUGCUGCGGGACUCUCGUAAGCAGUGCAUGAGGAAGAGCAACAACCAGAAUCCCCUGCUUGUUCAAAAAAUACUUCCUGGAGACUCAAUAGACUAAUCAUUACUUGUUUUCUUCAUGUUUAUUUUUCUGCAAAGGCUUAUUUCUGUUUUCCUCUUGUGGCUAGACCAGUACUAUGUCUUUCCCUGCAGAUCAUGUUCAUUGUAAGAUGUCAGAUGCUUGACUUACAGGCAUCACAUGAUAUUUCUCAAUGACAAGAUUACACCCACGCAAAUUAAUCUGUACCCACUGCCUUCAGCUUCCUCACUGAGGCAUUUGUGCUUCAUGUUAUUCAAUCAUCUUUGACUUGGUGCCAAAACCCACUGGCCUGUGGGUCCAGAUAGUGGUUGCAUGGAUAAUCUUCUACGUAUGUGUAAUGACAAUGCUGUUAAGGUAUGCAGCAGAGUUAUUAAGAGGGUGGUGAAAAUGUCAAGCAUUAUUAUGCCCGAAUGUUUGUCUCUUGGUGUUUUGGUGGAGAACAUGGGCAGGAAUCUUUUAAAGGUUGGAGAAAUUUUAUUAUAUUUCACCUCCUUUAAAACCCGACACCCACAACAAUGGGAGUGCAAAGGAACAGGUACAAGAAAUCCACAAGUAAUUCAGUUUGGAGGCUACAGGUGAAUGAGUUUAUAGAAAGAUGGAUCUGCAUGAGAACUGAUUGCUUCUUGGCCUGGAAUCUUAUUAUUCUUACUGAAUAUUCUGAAACAUUGUCUUUUUAAUUUCACUCUCUUGAAUAUCACUACCUGCCUAAAUCAGAAUCAGAAUCAGGUUCAUUAUCACCAGCAUGUGACUUGAAAUUUGUUAACUUAGCAGCAGCAGUUCAAUGCAAUACAUAAUCUAGCAGACAGAGAGAAAAAAAUAAACCAGUAAAUCAAUUAUGUAUAUUGAAUAGAUUUAAAAAAUGUGCAAAAAAAAAAAAAAGAAAUAUUGUAUAUUUAAAAAUAAAAGUGAGGUAGUGUCCAAAGAUUCAAUGUCCAUUUAGGAAUCGGAUGGCAGAGUGGAAGAAGCUGUUUCUGAAUCGCUGAGUGUGUGCCUUCAGGCUUCUGUACCUCCUGCCUGAUGGUAACAGUGAGAAAAGGCAUGUCCUGGGGGCUGGAGAUCCUUAAUGGAUGCUGCCUUUCUGAGACACUGCUACCUAAGGAUGCCCUGGGUGCUUUGUAGGCUAGAACUAAAGAUGGAACUGACUAGAUUUACAACCUUCUGCAGCUUCUUUCGGUCCUGUGCAGUAGCGCCUCCAUACCAGACAGUGAUGCAGCCUGUCAGAAUGCUCUCCACUGUACAACUAUAGAGAUUUUUGAGUGUAUUUGUUGACAUGCCAAAUCUCUUCAAACUCCUAAUGAAGUAUAGCCACUGUCUUGCCUUCUUUAUGACUACAUCGAUAUGUUGGGACCAGGUUAGAUCCUCAGAUCUUGACACCCAGGAACUUGAAGCUGCUCACUCUCUCCACUUCUGAUCCCACUGAGGAUUUGUAUGUGUUGCUUCGUCUUACCCUUCCUGAAAUUCACAAUCAGCUCUUUCGUCUUACUGACAUUGAGUGCCAGGUUGUUGCUGUGGCACCACUCCACUAGUUGGCAUAUCUCACUCCAGUACGCCCUCUCAUCACCACCUGAGAUUCUACCAGCAAUGGUUGUAUCAUAAGCAAAUUUGUAGAUGGCAUCUGAGCUAUGCCUAGCCACACAGUCAUGUGUAUAUAGAGAGUAGAGCAGUGGGCUAAGCACACAGCCCUGAGGUGCACCAGUGUUGAUCAUCAGCGAGGAAGAAAUGUUAUCACCAAUCUGCACAGAUUGUGGUCUUCUGGUUAGGAAGGUGAGGAUCCAAUUGCAGAGGGAGGUACAGAGGCCCAGGUUCUGCAACUUCUCAGUCAGGAUUGUGGGAAUGAUGGUAUUAAAUGCUGAGUUAUAGUUGACGAACAGCAUCCUGACAUAGGUGUUUGUGUUGUCCAGGUGGUCUAAAGCUGUGUGGAGAGCCAUUGCGAUUGCGUCCGCUGUUGACCUAUUGUGGCAAUAAGCAAAUUGCAAUGGGUCCAGGUCCUUGCUCAUUUUCUCUUUUCUUGUAAAUCCACUAUUUCUUCUUCUGUAAGCAGAUCCUUGAUGGAAUAUAAACUGAAAUGACAAUUAGAACACACUCCCAGUGGCCAUUCUAUUAAGCACAGAAGUGGAGCCCUGUGUGGUCUUCUGCGGUUGUAACCCAUCCUCUUCAAGGUUCAACCUGUUGUGCAUUCAGAGAUGCUCACCACUGAUGUAAUGUGUGGUUGAGUUACUGUCAGCUUGAACCAGCCUGGCCAUUCUCUGACCUCUCAUUAACAAGGCAUUUUGCCCACAGAACUGACGCUCACUGGACGUUUUGUUUUUGUUUUCCCGCACAGUUCUCUGUGAACCUUAUUGUGCAUGAACAUCCUGGGAGAUCAGCAGUUUAUGAGAUACUCAAACCACCCUGUCUAGCACCAAUAAUUAUUCCAUGGUCAAAGUCACUUGGAACACAAUUUUUCGCUAUUCUUACGUUUGGUCUGCAACAGCAACUGAACCCUUUGAUCAGGUCUGCAUGAUUUUGUGCAUUGGGUUGCUUCGGUAAGAUUGGCUGAUUAGAUAUAUGCAUUAACAAGGUGUACCUAGUAGUCGCUACUGCAGACAUCCCACCUCUCCCGGAAGUUCCGGGAAUCUCCCGCAUAUUAAUAGUGGCUCCCUGAUGCCCGCAAAUUAUAUACAAAAUCACGGAAAUCAAUUUUUUUGAGAGAGAGAGACAGCAAGCAAGCGAGAGCGCGCGAGCAAGAGAGCAAGCGAGAGCGCGAGAGAGUGCGCGAGCGACCACAAGAGAGAGCGCGUGCGCCAUGGCAGAAUGUUCCAAAAAAAGAAAAUAUAAAAAGUACGUUACCCCAGACUACACUGAAGUGUACCCCUGCCUAAUAGGGGUCAAAAAUAAUGACAGUGUUGCUGGCUGCACUGUUUGCAACAGUGACAUUUCUAUUGCCUAUGGUACAUUAAGACUGUAAAAGACGUGUUGAGGUGAGUUUAACAGGUGUCAUUCGUUCAUUAGCAUAGCUAACGUUAUUUAAACCAGCUGGCUGGCUGCUAAGGAGCUACUCUAUUGCAGACAUCCCACCUCUCCCGGAAGUUCUGGGAGUCUCCCGCAAAUUGAUGGUGCUACCUCCCUGAAAUGAGUUUUUGCAGGGUGGGAUCUUUGCUACUGAGGAUAGCGCAGGACAGACCCUUCAUUCCAGCCCAUGUUGUGCUCAAUUUAUUAAACCAAUGACUCUGAAUCUUAUCCCUCUUCCCUGCACGUUGAUCAUCUCUCUCCCUUCUCUGCAUAUUCACAUCCCUAUCUAAGAGUCUCUUAAAGACUUCUAUGCUAUCUGUCUGUACAACCACCUCUAGCAGCGCACUCUAUAGUAGUAUCCACCACUUUUUGUCUGAAAAGAAAUGUUGCCUCACACAUCUCUUUGUACUUAAAUACAUGCCCUUUGGUACUUGCACUUUCAAUGCUGGGGGGUGGGGAAAAAGGAUACUGGCUGUUUAUUGUAUCUAUGCUACACAUGGGUUUCUACCCACUCUAAAGAAAACUGCCUUAGCUUUUCCAACCUUUUGUCAUAACAUAUUCAUUCAAACCCAGCAGCAUCCUGGUAAACCUACCUACACCCUCUCUAAAGCCUCCACAUCUUUCCUGUAAUGAGGUGACCAGAACUGAAUGCAAUAGUCUAAAUAGGGUCAAACCAGAGUUUUAUAUUGCAGUUACAUAAUUUCCUGGCUGUUGACUUCAUUGUCUUGACUAAUGAAGGCAAGCUUAUCAUAUGUCUUCUUUACCACCUAUCACUUAUAAAUUAUGUGUGUGUGACAAACAGAUAUCCCAGUACAGUUUCCUGCAAUACAUCACAGGAUACAGAGCUCCAUUCAGAAAUAAAGACUAUCCACUGCUAAUAUCUGUUAACUAUGGGUAAGCUAAUUUUGGAUCUAACCAGCCAAUUCACUGUAGCUCCUGUGCAUCCUAAUUUUCUGGAUGAGCCUGCCAAGUAUCUUAGUAGGACCGGGAGGCUGUCUGGUUUUUCUGGAUUGGCUUCUUCCUCCCUCCCUGUGCCCCCCCCCCCCGACCCCAGGACACUCAUUAGUUAUCUGGAGGUCUGGUCCAGAGUGCUUAUUCAUGCCUUGCAUCUGCUUUGUAGGCUCUGCUUCUAUUGCUGACUUGCACAUCACACCCCGAUAUAAGAGUUAUGUGAUUAUAUACGGAUUCAGGAAUUCAUCACUGUAUUCUGGAUCCUAAACUGCAGGUAAAGAACUAAAUGGAAUGUAUACCAGCACUAACAAGAUAUAAUCAUAAAAUAAAUAAACAAUUGCAUGAAACUAGUUUCACAAAAUAAGUAAUGGCGGUCAUAUAAAACUGUAUUGCAAAUGACUAAUUUAUGUAUAAUACCUGCUUUUGUGCAUACUGCUGAUACUUUCCUAACUUUGAUUAAAAUAAAAUUUUUCAGUAAUAUAGUGUAUCUGAUCAUUAAUUUCCAAGGAAAAACAGUUUAAAGCAGGAUGCAAUAAACAUUUUAAUAGCAGCAUUUGGAUGUUGAAUCUUUUUGAAGAAAUUGCUUGAUUUUCCCCUAAUGAUCCUCUUUUCCUUUAAAAACAUCUCGUUAAAAACCAUUCCUUAAAAGAUGAUUGAAUGCAUCUGAGCUCUGUUACAUUGAUGCCCUCUAGCUAAAGUUACAUCUGAAUUUCUGAAAUCACAAGACUUGACUUGCGCACUGUAGCUGUUGAAUUGUCCCUCCUAGUCUUUUUUUAACUCCUCCGAUUUCUAUUCUAUUCACUUUCCACUUGGGACUGAUCUUGUUUUUUGACUCUUAAAAUCAUGCAGGCCAUCUAGAAUACUGGCUUCUACCCAGUUUUCCCUUGUUGAUACUUAAAAGGUGCUGUACAUCUUUAUUCUACUUUUCCCAUUAUAAUGGUAAGGAGAUACUAUGUUGGAGUCAUAAUAUUGUUCAAUUUAAAACCAAAGGGAUUGAAACUAUUAUUUGCUAUGCUAUUAUAACUGGUGAUCUUGCUCUCUAAGCGUUUGUAACAUGGUUCAAUCUUAAUUCCAUAUUACUCGUGGCAAAUAUAUUUGAUUCUCACUCAAUAAAAGGCAUUAAGAAUCCAACACUUCAUAAACAUCUUUAUUGAUAUAAAGAUCUUUAUAAUAAAAUUUUAAGAUAUCCUAGAAAGUAUUAAGAGCGCAGUUAAAGAAAGUCAAUGACAUGGGCUAUAAUGAAAAAUAAUCAGUGCAUUUCAACAUCUCUGCAUCAUAUAAAACACCAGCGGUUUGCUACUGACUAAACUUUUCUUUAUCCCAAAAGCUGGAAGUGCUGAAUCAUGACUUACAAUUUGUUGGACAUUGCAGCAAAUAAGCAAUGCCCUCUACUUCAUACCCAGAAUUUUAAAUCAAAGCCUCGACC